CUUUCUUCCACUGUACCUGACAUCCACCUACUGGUGAUCUUUGUGUCUUGGUUAGUUAUGUUCAGUAAAUAAUUUUACAUUUAAGCAAAAUUCUUGUGUCACAGACUCCCUGCUUGUCGCCUACUUUGAGCGAGUUUGCGACACAUGGCCAAACCCGGAAUGAUCAAAAGGCUCGGCUCCUUCUCACUUAUAUUCGGCCACAAUACUCUUUAGACCUGUUUCAGUGUGGUUCUGACCUGCUGCAUCUCCCCAGAACCAAAUUUUAGGUUCAGAUAUUGUAAUUACCGAGUCCGCACAUGUCCUUUUCUCUCUGCUUGGCUCUGAUGGUGGCCAGUCUGCUGGAAAUAACCCUCAUCACCAACCUGCUGUGUGAGUCUGCCGACUUCUCUCUUGUCCCUCGUUGGAUCUCUGUCCUUAUUCUGCAGUUUCUGGGAUUUCUUGUUUGUACGACACAAAUGAAUAAGAAACCACGAGCUUCAGAAAUAGACCAGAUGACCACAACUGCUGUCUCAAAUAUUGAAGUUUAUGAGGGGCCUCAAGAAAAAAAGGGGCCAGCAAUGAAGAACAGGGCUGUGUGGGACCUAACGAGAGUAUGCAAGGACCUCCAGGACUUAACCCAACAGUGCCAGCUGAAAGUCCGGUCUUCUAAGCGUCUGUUCAUCUUCAUCUCUCUGCUCAUGCAUGCUCAUUACGGCUCCACCAUGUUGAACUGCUCUAACCCUGAUACACCUUCAAUGCUGGAGGCACUUAAGCCAGUCUUCAACCUGAAAGCUAUUCGACCUGUGGUGAACAUAACAACAGUCACGAACAUCGGCCUUUUCUUAACCGUGUUUGGCAUUAUGGGAGUGGAUGAGAAAGACCAGCUCCUCACAACAUUUCUCUGGCAAGAUGUUGAAUGGGAAAAUGAAUUUACCAAAUGGGACCCAGAAGAUUGUGGAACUAGUCGGAUUUCUGUUCCAAGAACAAAUAUCUGGGUACCAGACAUUAUAAUCAAUGAAAUCAUGGAUGAAAACACAGCUCCAAAGGUGCCAUAUACCUACCUGCUUUCUGAUGGUACUGUGAGUGAUUCACAGCCGAUCAAAGCUGUCACCUCGUGCAGGCUUGACAUCUACUUGUUUCCAUUUGACAUUCAGAACUGCACUUUAACCUUCAACUCAUUCACACUCAAGAGUAAGGCUGUGCAGCUUUACCUGACAGGGACUCCAGAGAGUAUGUUUGAAUACUCUAAAUCAAUGAUGGCAACUAUGGGUGAAUGGGAAUUAAUUGGAAUUGCAGCAAAGAAAUACACACUGCCAUCUACAGCAUCAGACUUUUAUGACGAAAUUCACUUCUAUAUCUCAUUGCGGCGCCAGCCAAUGAUAUACGUAGUGAACCUCCUGCUCCCCAGCUGCUUCCUCAUCACUGUGGACCUCUUCAGCUUCAUCUUACCUCCCAAUGAUGCUGACCGGUCUUUGUUCAAGAUGACACUAAUCCUGGGCUACACCGUCUUCCUGCUCAUAAUGAAUGACCUGCUACCCAUCACUGAAAAUGACUUACCCCUCAUAAAUGUUUUCCUGUCUUUGUGCCUGGCUAUGAUGGUGGGCAGUCUACUGGAAACUAUCGUCAUCACAAAAUUCCUGCACAGUUCCUCUCACUAUUCUCGAGCUCCUCGUUGGAUCAGAGUGCUUGUUCUUAAAAUCCUGGGUCGACUAGUAUGCCUUCCUCCAAAGCCCAGAGAUCGAAACGACACAGUGAUCCAAAAUCCAGUCACACAAGUGACAGAGGAAUCCAAGACUCUGGAGCAGAAGGGGCCACUGAGUGAGGACAAAGCCCUGCAAGAGCUGUGGAGCCUGGGCAGAGUCCUCCAGGCCAUCCGCCUUCAGGUGGAGCAGCAUCUGAGCAAAAGCCUGAGCACAGAGGAAUGGAUCCAGAUAGGUUUAAUCAUAGACCGCCUGCUGUUCAUCCUUUACAUCAUCUUCAUAACAGUCAGCUUCAUUACCAUCAUCAUUAUCUGGGUGGUUUCAUACAAUGCAGCCUAAUUUAACUUUUUAGCUUGUCUGUUCUUUAAACUCUUUGUAUUUAUUUUUUUGCUUAAAAAACAUUUAACACCACACACUGAAAUUUAUUACUUUAACCAUAAUUCAUGUUUUGUCAUUUUAGUAUGCCAAAUAUACAAAUAACCCUUCAUCUGUCUUACAUUUUCAUGACUUUGUGAACCAAUUAAGACAAUUAAAUCAUAAUGUUUUAAAGUCCAGAUAAUAAUGAACUUAAUCUUACAAUUAUUCUAAGCUGUGUAAAAGCAUCUUAACUGAAGACAGUUUUAUAUUGAGUUCUUGGGAAGCCUAUACUUAUUUUUUUUUUUUUUAUAGCAUCAGUUUUCUGUAUUUGAGUUUUGGUGCUAAAUUACUCAAAAUUCUUCAUUUACAAAACUAAAUAA